CUCUCCUCCACUCAGCCUUCCUUUAUCCCUCCAAGUGUCCGGAGCAAAAAACUGCCACAUUCCCCUGGACCGCUUACCUUUCCCCCACUACUUCCAGCUUUCAUUCAUUCCCCGGCACCCAAAGAAAACAUUCUGCGGACCCCUUGAGCAUUCCUACUUUCUGGUUUCAUCUCUCAUUUUUGUGUUGAACAUCCCCGUUGUCGCGAUUUGGACGGACCUUAUUUUUGGGUUUUGUUUUGCUUUUUUGUUCAUUCAAAAAUUGGAGUUACGUUUGUCCUCGUUUAGUUAUUUUUUUUUCAUUUGUUUUCAAACAAGACCCGUACGGGCGCUUUAUAGCUCCUUUUUGGGGGCAUCGUUUUCCCCUUCCGUCCACGUGUAGCGUAAAGUUUAAGUCAUAAAUCAGUCGACAAUGGCAGGUUUGAACUCUUUGGAUGCUGUUAAAAGGAAGAUCCAGAGUUUGCAGCAGCAGGCGGACGACGCCGAAGACCGGGCUCAGGUGCUGCAGAGGGAACUGGACAGCGAACGAGAGCUCCGGGAGAAAGCAGAGGGCGAUGUCGCAGCUCUGAACCGUCGCAUCCAGCUGGUGGAGGAGGAGUUGGACCGGGCCCAAGAAAGGCUGGCCACAGCGCUGCAGAAACUGGAGGAGGCCGAGAAGGCUGCAGAUGAGAGCGAGAGAGGAAUGAAGGUGAUCGAAACCCGAGCGAUGAAGGACGAGGAGAAGAUGGAGAUUCAGGAGAUGCAGCUGAAGGAGGCAAAGCACAUCGCUGAGGAGGCCGACCGCAAAUAUGAAGAGGUGGCUCGCAAGCUGGUCAUCCUGGAGUUAGAUCUGGAGCGGGCCGAGGAGAGGGCCGAGCUCUCAGAAUGUAAAGCUGCUGACCUGGAGGAGGAGCUGAAAAAUGUGACCAACAACCUGAAGUCUUUAGAAGCCCAGUCAGAGAAGUACUCAGAAAAGGAGGACAAGUACGAGGAGGAGAUCAAAAUUCUUACUGACAAACUGAAGGAGGCUGAAACUCGUGCAGAGUUUGCAGAGAGGACAGUGGCCAAACUGGAAAAGUCCAUCGAUGACCUGGAAGAAAAACUGUCACAUGCCAAAGAGGAGAAUCUGGACAUGCAUCAAGUCCUGGAUCAGACCCUGCAGGAACUAAACAGCUUAUAAGCACAAACACACACACACACAUGUAUGAGAUGUAACAUUUCACAAAUGUUCAACUCCAUCCCGCAGCAUUCCUUGAAUAAGAGGGAUUCACUUAAUGUCCCUUGAUGUUCUUUUUAUAUUUUUAUAAGAUGCCAUUUUGUUCUUAAGACGAGAAGUUAAACACACAGUUCCACUUAAACUGCACAAAUUGCUUCCCAACAAUUUAUUUUGACCACUUUAAACAAAAAUUGUUUACUUUGGAAUUGUUUUUUUUUUUCUUUUUCAUCCAGCCACACUUCCCAGUUGUGGAAGAAGCAGAUGAGUCUUUUUUUUUUUUUUUUUUUUAACUCCUCUCAAUGGCGGCAUGACUCAUAAGCGCCAUCCUGUGGUGAAAUCCAGCUAUUGUCAGUCAAACGCGUGUCAUAAUGGGCUUUUUUUUUUCUUUAGGUCUGUCUGGUACAAUAAAAUUAAUUCAAAAGUAUUACCUAUAUUACCUAUGAGUUAAAAUUGCAAUAAUGUUGCCAAUAUUAUGAUUACAAAUGCAAGUGUAACCCCAAACUACUGGAAACAUUAUCAAAUCAGAUCACUCGCGGUUCUUUAUUGUAUAUAAAAGAAUAAUGUUAGGUUUAGCUCUGCCUCAUUUUUUUUUUUUUUUUUAUCACUUGUUGAUGCCAGGGGAACUUUCAAGACCAAAGAAAACUCACAACAUGCACAAUAAAUGGUUUUUUUAAUGUCAUCUCAUGCAAGGGUCAUUUAAAAAUGCAGCCAAUUAUUAUUGAAUACAUUUUGAAGUACUUAAUUGACCAAAUUCCCUCCAUGUCACCUAAUAAAUGUUUUACAGAA